UGUUUCAGCGCCACUUAUAGUCGCGCCUCCACAUCCUCCACAACCCAAUGCACAGCCGCCGCCUGCUUGUGAUGCUCGCAGCUCAGAGCCUCUGUGAGUGUUGUCACAUCCGGUUACCUCGCUUCCUGGAGCUGUGAGUGUUUGUCUGCCUACAAGCUCAGUUUCCACUCUUCACGACCUCUGACCGCCAGGAUGCCGUUCGAACACUUGGUGCCCAUGAAGUUCGAGGACUGGGGCUUCUUUGACCGCCAGCGCUCUGUCUUCAGCAGCAUGUUCAAGGAUGUCGGCGACGAGUGGAAGGAGUUCGACAGGGAGCUCGAGAAGAUUCGCUCCGAGAUGUUCCAGCUCAAGCCCAUCGACUUCGGAGGUGACUUUGGCAGUGACUUCGGAAAAGACUUCGGAAAAGACUUCGGAAAGGACUUCGGCGAUAUGGGGAGCUUCGGAUCUUCAAAACUGACCUCCAAGUCCACCACGACUACAACUACUACUACUAGAAGUUCGUCUUCGUCAUCAGGUGCCUCACCGGAGUCCUCCCUGCUGCUGAAGGUGGACCGACCCAUCGUGCAGGACAGCCAGGGCAAUAAGCGACUGUCCCUGCGCUUCGACUGUCAGCAGUUCAAACCCGAGGAGAUUUCCGUCAAGACAGUGGACAAUCGCCUCGUUGUACACGCUAAGCAUACAGAGGAAAGCCCUGGGCGCAAAGUGUACCGAGAGUUCAGCCGACAGUACAUUCUUCCGGAAAAUGACCCCCUCACCUUGAACUCUACCCUCACGUCUGACGGCGUCCUGUCCAUCGAGGCAGCUCCAGCGGCCAUUGAAGCUCCCAGAGAGCGACUCUUGCCCAUCAGGAUGUUGAUGCAGUAGUUCCACAGCCCUCAGCCGUCACAGACUUAGAUGUUCCAGAAAAUCCAUUUUACCGUUACCAGCCUGCGACGAUACCUUUUCAUGCUGCACAAGAAAUGCACGCUUCUAGAAUUAUAGAAUAAAUAAAUAUAUAAAUGGACAAUAUGUAGUAAUCCACCGUGUAACCUAGCGUUACCUGUAACACCAAACAUGUCAAGCCUGAGACAACAAUAAUUACAACCCAAAAUGUCAUCUGACCAUCACAGAUUACAAACAAAACAACAUAAAAUGUAUCAUACAUUUACUAGCCAGAAAAGCAGUGAAAAGGGUUUAUUAUUUUCCUAGCAAUGUAAUUGUUUCCCCUUGACAGUUACAUCCUGGCUCGUCGGUCACUGAGCAUCAGUGUUUGGCUUUUCUGUUGAUUUCUGUACAUAUUGGCACAACAACUCAGGCAUUGUACUUCCACAGUUGUAGCUCCUACAAUACUGGCUUCAUGCAAGUCUGAAGCUGUUCAGUAGCUCAGCUCUUUUACAUGGAAAGAUAACAAGAAUUGUCUGUUGACAGCUCAGUAUUUUGGACAACAGACAAAGCAACUACUACUGAAAGGUUGUCCUACGCUGUAGUAAAAUGUCUGGGAAACAAUUUGAAGCUGUAAUCAUGGUAUCUGUGACACAAUCUUUUGUAACCAGUCCACAUUACUCAACUUAGACAUUUUUAUAGCAUAUCUUAAAGUUGUUGAUUGUACAAUUAAAUAUAUUAUAUUAGUGUGAUUUAAUUACAUUCUUGAUAUAAUGUAUCUACUUAAUUAAGUUAGCACAUGUCUAAAAAUAAUUUUACAAAGAUGUGUGCUUGAAUCAGAACAUUGGGUUAGUUCUAAAUACAACAUACCAUUGCAGGUGUUGUCAGAAAACAACAAAAGUUUCGGUCCGCUGCGGAAGCUUAACUUUUGCUCUUUCCACAUAAUUGAAGCUCAACUAUUUUGCAUGACAGCUCAAUGCCAUACAGGUUCGGACAGUUGAUGUUCAUGUUCGAGAAUUUUAAGUUGGCAACAUCACGCCAUCAAAAUUCAUUAAGUUUUUCUCGCGAUGUUUUCACUUGCACAAGUCUGGUUUUAACUGUUUUCACGAUAAUCUGACCUGACUUUUAUUUUUAUUAUUUGGUACAUUGUGUUUAAUUUAUUGGGCUUCUGCACCUAUUGGAAUGAUUCGACUCCACAGAGUAAAGGUGAAUGUAAAAGGGUUUUGGUAAUCUAAGGUUUUAUACACGCACAUUUUAAAUAAAAUUUGUUUGGAAGAAACUUGUGUCAUGGACUUGUAGACUAAUGUGGAUAAUUUUUAAGACUUUCACUUUUUCUUCUCGUGCUGGACAUUAAAAAGGCUUUCGUCUAA